CCAGCUUUCAGCGUUACGGUCCCGGUGUUCCAUCGUCGUGCUGCUCUUGCGGCGCCCGAGCCCGUAAUGUCGGGCCCCAACGGGGAUCUGGGCAUGCCGGUGGAGGCGGGUGCGGAAGGAGAGGACGACGGCUUCGGGGAAGCAGAAUACGCCGCCAUCAACUCCAUGUUGGACCAAAUCAACUCUUGUCUGGACCACCUGGAGGAAAAGAACGACCACCUCCACGCCCGCCUCCAGGAGCUGCUUGAGUCCAACAGGCAAACACGCCUUGAGUUCCAGCAGCAGCUUGGAGAGGCCUCUAGUGAUGCUACCCACUAG